GGGUUAAUUCGGAAUUUUAGCCAAACUUUGUGUUUAUUUGACGCGGCUCCAACGCGUCAACGUGAACCAACCGACGACCGAGAUUAAAUAAAUAGGCGCAUAGCAUUUCAUUUGCAACCAAGCGAAAUUUCUAGAGAGAGAAAAGACGGAGGAGAACCAUCCAACCGUCGUCACCACCACCACCACCCCCAGAUCUGAAAGAUGCACGCCUACACCAGCGUCAGCACCGGCGGUAUCGCCGACGGGAUCAAGGUCGGAGACAUUGACAUAGAGUCUGGGGAUCGCCUCUACCCUGGAAUCGGCCACGGCGAGAAUCUGCUGCGAUGGGGAUUCAUACGCAAAGUGUACGGCAUACUGGCGGCGCAGAUCCUCGUUACCACCUUAGUCACCGUCGCGACUGUUCUCUACGCGCCGAUCAACGACCUCCUGCGCGCGAAUUCCGGCCUCCUGCUUUUCCUCGUCUUUACCCCCUUCAUCUUAUUGUGGCCACUCCAUAUCUAUAGGCAGAAGCAUCCAUUGAACUUGGUAUUCCUUGGGCUCUUCACUGCUUCUAUGAGUCUAACUGUUGGAGUGAGCUGUGCUAACACUGAAGGAAGACUUGUGCUCGAAGCCUUGAUAUUGACCUCAGCUGUAGUCUCAGCACUGACUGGCUACACCUUCUGGGCUGCAAAGAAAGGAAAAGACUUCAGCUUUCUGGGACCAAUCUUGUUUACUAGCCUUUUCAUCUUGAUCUUGACCGGUUUUAUUCAGGCGGUAUACCCAUUGGGAUCUACUACCGUUGCUGUGUACAGCGCGAUCAGUGCCAUAAUCUUCUCAGGAUACAUCGUUUAUGACACGGAGAACCUCAUCAAGCGCUUCACAUACGACGAGUACAUCUGGGCGUCGGUCACCCUUUACCUCGACGUUCUCAACCUGUUCCUGACCAUUCUGCGGAUGCUGAAACAAGACAACUGAGGCCACGGUCUAAUUACUACUGCGUAGACUGUGUUAUGUUUUAGAUAUAAUUCAAGUGUUUUUUUGUUUUCGUUGAUGUGGAAACUGUGAAAAUGGUAACGAGACGCCGCACUUGUGAAUAUGUGGUUGAUAUGACACUUGAGUUCUCUUACUCGAACAAAAUAUUGUCCCAGGUUACAUGUGUGAAUAAUGAAUUCACAAUUUGGUUGCCCCAA